CACAAGCUCUCUCUGAUCUCAGAAACAAGCUAUACAAUCUUCAUUUCAUAUAAAAUACUCAAAAAGCUAUGGACUAUACAAGAAGCAGCGAAGAAACUCCUGUAAACCAUUACGAAGAACAAGAAGGGUCAACAGAAUCAUCUGAAAGCAGAAGCAAUGAAGAGUUAUUAUCAGACUGUGAUCAGCAACAAUCUUCGAUAGCUAACGAGCUCGGACUAAUGGAGUUGCUUAAAGACGACAAAGCCUACGAGCUAAUCUAUCGUCAUUGCCAAACCAAGCUUACUUCUCACUUAGGCAAUGAUCAGUUCCAGAUUGUAUCUAUUCUCAAGAACGGUUUUGGAACUCCAUUGGGACAAGCUAAGCUUAAAGCCUUUCAGAUAUACACAGAAUCUGUGGCAAAGAAAAGUGGCACUUCAUUCUGCGAGUGCCGUGGGAACAAAGCUGCCGCAGCUGAAGCGGCAAAGGUGAAGUACGGUUGCUGCAGCGUGGAGAAGGAAGAGUUGAAAACAAUUCUUAUGUAUGGGUUCAGCCACUUUAGGAACAUCAAUGGCUUAUGUCUUUCAUCAGACAACGCUCCUCUCCAAUGUAUGAUAGAUCCUGCUGCAUCAUCUUGUGAAGAAGAUGGGAUUAGAUUCUUGUUGUUUUCAAGAAUCAUUAUGGGAAAAUCAGAGGUUGUAGGCUCGAACUCACAAUCGUAUCCGAGUUCUCCAGAGUUCGAUUCGGGUGUAGACAGUUUAACAACUCCAAAGAAGUAUAUUAUUUGGAGCACACACAUGAAUACACACGUUUUGCCUGAGUUUGUUGUAUGCUUCAAAACUCCAUCUAUCUUGAAAAGAAAGAACCCGAAAUCGCCUUGGAUUCUGUUUCCAGACUUGAUAAAAUCGAUAUCAAAGUUUCUAAAUCAGUCUCAAAUCCGUCUCAUUCAGAAACACUAUAAAGAACAUCAAGACCGGAGAAUCUCGCGGUCUGAGUUGAUUCAACGACUUAGAAGUAUAACCGGAGAUCGACUAUUGAUUCAAAUAAUCAAAUCUGUUGGACAAAAGGUACGGGAAGGAUCGAAGACUGAUUAA